GGAGGAAAAGUGUAUUAUGUUGAUUCUGUGUCGGAUUUCCUGUCUAGUGCAAUCUGCUCUCAUGCAGUACUGGAUUCCCUCUGAUUCUGGCCAUAUGUAACAAGUGGAGCACAAUCUGAACAGCUUGUUAAAAUUCAGACCCAACAAGUCCAUUGUAAUCCUAUACUCUAAUUUUGAAAUGCUCUGUGGUGUCUGUGUGUGUACGUGCAUGUGGGUAUCUAUCUGUGUGUGUUUUAGGGAUGUGUGUGGAUUAUAUUAUAUUUGUAUUCAUAUCUGUCUUUACAAUUAACUUCUGUUCUUCUCUAAUUUGACCACACCAAUUUCCAUACUUGGCAUAAUAAAGUUUACCUUGACUACAGACUAGAUUUGUCUAGAGACAGUCAUUGAGGGAGAUGACCAGAGUGUGACGAUGACGACACUGUGGUGAGUUUAAUUAGCUGUAACUCUGUUUGUAUACACAUCACUCCUAUAAAGGUGUUAUGCAGAGCCCUGGCUCAGACCGCUGCUAAGAACUCCAGCCACUCUCAUCUGUCUUUUGUGCCACAGUGCUAGACCACUGCAGUGAAGGGUUUGGUCUUUUUAUGAUACUAAUCUCAAUUUGUAUUUGAUAGACACAUUUAAUGAUUAGAACAGUUGGCAGUACAUCAGCAAGUUGUGUUUACUUAAAAAAAGUGAUGUCUAAUAACUCUUUGGUUCUAAGUGAAGUCAUUCUGCAGCAUUAUAGAGACAUAUUCAUUUUUGUGCAGGUUUUAGUUGUGAUGUUUCUUUGCAUCAACUCUUUGCUCAUCACAACUUUUUUCAGAAAGGAGUGCUUCUACACAACUACACGCUACAUCUUAUUUGCUGUUACACUUCUGUCUGAUAGUUUGAUGUUAGUCAUGUCUGAUAUCCUCCUCAUUUUUACCCAUUUUGGAUUUGCUAUACAAGUUUGGAUAUGUAUCAUUAUCUCUGUUGUGGCAAUUGUGUAUAAUAUAGUUACACCAGUUACUCUGACAGCAAUGACUCUGGAGCGAUAUGUGGCCAUCUGCAUGCCCCUGCGUCAUGCAGAGCUGUGCUCCAUGCGCAGCACUAUGCAUUGCAUCCUCAUCAUUCACAGCCUCAGCUCUGUACCCUGCAUUGUUUUUCUCUCCACCUUCUUUGCAUCAGCCUCUUUUAGUUUGUACAAACAAUACAGAUUAUGUGCUAUCCAAUUGUUUAUGUUGUAUAGAUGGCAGGAUCAUGUUAUCUCAGCCGUACAAGAGUUUUACUUCUUGAUUAUGGCUAUCAUCAUUUUAUUUUCCUAUGUUAAAAUCAUGAAAGUGGCCAAAGCUGCAUCAGGAGAGGAUAAAAAGUCGUCAUGGAAAGGGCUCAGAACAGUAAUUCUUCAUGGUUUCCAGCUGCUGCUCUGUCUCAUCCAGCUGUGGAGUCCAUUCAUAGAAAGCACUCUGCUUCAGUUUGAUUUAUUGUUAUUUUUUCAUGUCAGGUUGUCUAACUACAUAUUAUUUGGUCUUACUCCUAGAUGUCUGAGUCCUCUCAUUUACGGCCUCAGAGAUGAAACAUUUUCUCAAGCACUGAAAAACGUCUUUGGCUUGUAUAAAAGAAAUAUUUGACAAUAUUGAUUAUUUGAUUGAUGUAGAUUACUGAACAUGUCUGCACUUCAUUUUGACAUGAGUAUUUAAAGAAUGUUUCAUUUUUAUCUAUGUUAUUAUUAGAAUCUUGGCUGUGACUGUAUUGUCAUUCAAGUUACAAUUGAACACUACUGUUGUUUUGUUG